CUCUCUCUGGCCUCGCCGAGCCCUGGCCCCAGCAGCCCCUGGGCCCAGAGAGGGCCGGCGGUAGUCCCUGAGGCCCUGCACGUUCUCGGCGCGGGAGGCUCGAGGCUUUGCGGGCGCUUCCGUCGGUCUCGGCGGUCUCUCCGGCCUCGGGGUGCGCUCCAGCGGCCGCGUCUCGUCGAGGUCCUCCUCGGUGGGCUGGCGCCCCUACUCCCCCCGCCGAGCGCCCGGGCGCCCGCGCACCGAUGGCUCCCGCGCGGCGCCCGCGCGGGGGCGCGCUGGUGGCGGUGGGCGCGCUGCUGCUGCUGCGGCUGCGGCCGGCGGCCGCCGCGCCGCCCGUGGACGACACGCUGGCGGGCAUGCUCGGGAAGAUCAAGACCCCGCGCUGCUCCAGGAGCGCCACGAGAGCCACGGCCACGUCCUCCUCGGGGAGCCCAAGAGCCAGAAGGAGGCCUCGGCGGCCUGCAUGCUCGACAGCGCGGCCGCGAUCAUCCGGGCGAACGGGGUGAAGGGCAUCGUGAACGGCCUGCAGUUUGACCUCGCGGCCUGCUGCAGAAAGGACGAGUUCGCCUGCCGGGAGGACGUGGGGGAGGCCUACGGCCUCCUGACCCAGCUGCGCCACGGGCGCACCAGCGGCGCGGAGCGCCCGGCCAGGCCGUCGAGGCGCACGCGGCCGCGCUCCUGCUCGGGGCCGCCAGGAGAAGCGCGUCGGCAUCCCGCGGGUGCGGCUGCCCUACGCGAGGUACCUGAGCUUCUGCUUGGGGGCCCCGACGGAGUGCACCAUGCAGGAGCUCAGGGGAGACGCCUCUCCAUCGAGCCGCGGUUCACAGGAGCUGUGAGGUGGCGCGCGGGCCGCGCGACCCAUUCGGGCGACUUGUGUUUUCCAUGCCGCUGUUGCCCAGCCGUACCGCGGUCACGCUGGGCACCCGCUGGCCCAUCACGUGGCGUGCUCGGCACAGUCGACAGUCUCGGUGGCAGCAGCAGGAGCAGGACGAUUGCUCGACCUGGGGAUUGGGGCUUUGGCGUCUGUGUUCCGUAUCCCGAUUGUCACGUUCAGCGCCGCCGCUGGGUAUUUCCUGAGAGAGCGGAAUGGCCCGAAGGUCAACCCGAUGUCCCAGCUGUGCGCCGUUGCCUUGACGCGGAUGGCGAUCUGUUUUGUUCCAGAGUUCUCAAGAGUGCCAAAGGUGGUUGACAGACGUACCAACUCAUCUGAUAAUCGUGAUCGUUGUCGUCAUGCUGUCCUCCCGCGUGCCCGCAAUGUGUUGCAAAUGUCGAGUUCCCGGAAGAUGCGGCAGCUGGCACACGUCAUUUUGCCAGUCAACAUGUUGUGGAUGCAGCUCGCGCCGCCCUCGCUGCCGCCCCUUCGGAA